AUGUCGAAGCCAACCGCAAACUGGGAAAAGGUCGGCGACAAGUUCUACCGCAAAAUCCAGCUGUACACGGCCGUGUUCGACCAGGACCUCGAGCUCGAGAACUACAAUGUGGUGGGGGCCCCGUACAGCGGUGCAGUAGCGGUUUACCGCGAUGAAGAGAAGCUGCACACAUACAGAGGGCCUGGUGUAGCCAAGUCGAGCAUCGAUGUAUACAGCUGCGCCGGCAAGCUGAUUCGGAGCAUCAACUGGGACAAGGGCACGAUCAAGGGCCUCGGCUGGUCAGAGGACGAGAAGCUGCUUGUUGUGACCGAGGACGGCACGGUGCGCUGCUACUACGACCUACAAGGCGACUUCGCGCCCUUCACACUGGGCCAUGACUCGGACCAGCACGGUGUCGUCUCCUGCCGCUUCUACAACACCGGCUUCGUUGCGCUGCUCGGCAACAACCACCUAAUCUCGGUCGCCUCGUACGCCGAACCGCGCCCCAAGCUGCUCGCUAUACCGCCCACGGAGCACGUCGUGUCCUGGAACAUCAUACCGCCCGCGUACUCGCUCUCACGCUCGGUCGAAGUCAUCCUCGCCAUGGGCAGCACCCUGUACGUCGUAGACGCGACUGAAGCCGAGGAUCGCAACUUUGAUGCCGGCCCAUUCAGACAUGUCAGCGUCAGCCCCCGCGGCGAGUUCCUCGCGUUCUACACAGAGGACGGAAAGGUCUGGGUGGUGAGCGGCGACUGGAGCGAGAAGCUCAGCGAGUACGACAGCCGCGUCAAGACGGUGCCCAAGGACAUGCAAUGGUGCGGCUCCAAUGCUGUGGCGCUGGCCUGGGAGGACGAGGUGCAUCUCAUUGGGCCGAAGAGCGCAGCGACCAAGUUCUACUACGAUACAUGGGUGCAUCUGCUGCCCGAUGUCGAUGGCAUACGGCUGCUGACCAACGAUGUCUGCGAGUUCAUCCAGAAAGUGCCCGACGAGACGGUCGAGGUGUUUCGUCUAGGAUCUGACUCGCCCGCUGCGAAUUUGCUCGAAGCGUCGUCGUUGCUGGAGCAAAAGAGUCCCAAAGCAGACGACCUCAUCCAGCUGAUCCGGCCAAACCUGGCUGAGGCAGUAGACGCAUGCAUCAAAGCUGCGGCGCAUGAGUACAACAUUCACUGCCAGAAGUCGCUUCUCAAAGCUGCCUCGUACGGCAAGUCGGUACUCGACCUCUACUCGUCAGACGACUUCGUCGACACGUGCGAUACCCUGCGCGUCCUGAACGCCGUGCGCUUCUAUGAGAUUGGCCUGCCUCUGAGCUACGAUCAAUACCGGCGCAUGACGCCUGAGAAGCUCGUAGAGCGCCUCACAAACCGCAAUGAAUACCUCCUUGCGCUCCGUGUCGCCGACUACCUGCACCUCCCAACAAGUCAGAUCCACGGCCACUGGGCGCAGCAGAAAGUGCGCGUCUCAACCGACCCCGAGGAGGAAAUAUGCAACCUGAUCGUCAAAAAGCUCGCCGGCAAACCCGGCGUCUCCUUUGAGGAAAUCGCUCGCGCCGCCUACGACGAAGGCCGCAUCCGCCUCGCCACAUCGCUCCUUGAUCACGAGCCCCGAGCAGGCAAACAAGUCCCUCUCCUCCUAAGCAUGAAAGAAGACACCAUCGCGCUCGACAAAGCCAUCGAAUCCGGCGACACAGACCUCAUCUUCCACGUCCUACUCCACCUGCGCAAGAAACUGCCCCUCGCAUCCUUCUUCCGCGUCAUCAACUCCCGUCCGGUCGCAACCGCGCUUGUGGAAUCCUCUGCGCGCGACCAAGAUACCGAUCUCCUGAAGGACCUGUACUACCAAGACGACCGCCGCCUCGACGGCUCUGCUCUCCUGAUAUCCUCUGCGCUCGUACAACCCUCGCUAUCCCAAUCGCUCGAUAAGCUGAAACUCGCGUCGAAGUAUUUGAGCGACUCCCGCGACCCCCCCGCAGUCUUCACACGCAGCGCCGUCGACGAAGCCCAGCGCUUGUUACAGAUGCAAACGCAAUUCGACAAGGACCUUGCUAACGCGCGCGACAUCCCCAACCAAUCCACUGCUGGUACAAGUCUCAUCGGCCUUUCCACUAACGACACAAUCUUCAAUCUGAUCAAACUGGGGCAUCAGAAGCGCGCGCAAAAAGUCGUCAACGAGUUCAGGGUCCCGGAUAAAACGUAUACGUGGAUCCGACUCCGUGCGCUCGUUGCGGCGCGGCUGUGGGUUGAGAUUGAAGAAUGGGGCAAACAGAAAAAGUCUCCUAUCGGGUGGGAGCCUUUCUUCAAUGAAGUUCUCGCUGCUGGCAACGCAAGAGUCGCGUCGAUUUUCAUCCCCAAGUGUACAAGUCUUACCGUAAGCGAGAGAGUGGAUAUGUGGGUUAAGUGUGGACUGUUGGUUAAGGCGGGCGAGGAGGCGCAUAAGGCAAAAGAUAGGGAACUGCUGCUGAGUUUAAGGGAUAAGGCGAGUGGGAGUGCGGUGGUGGAAAUCGAGAGGCUUUUGGGGAUGCUGCCGCAGGGGAGAAGGUAGGAAAGGUAAUGGAGAGGGACAGGGAGAAUGAGAUGCAGCAUCACGGAAGUUGGCACACGACGCGUAUCAAGGGCUCUUGUUCAUGCGUCUAUUGUGUAGGCAUCUUGAUGUUGCGAAGUGAUGAUUAUGUUCGUUUCUGCUCCUUAAAGAAGUAGAAAUGCGACCGCAGAAAACUCGAGACAAUUGUCACUGCUGGCCGAAGAAGAUGUUUUGCUGC